UCUUGCUUCUAGCGAUGCGAUGGAUUAUGGAUUGGAUUGGAUUGUUGGGCUUGUUUGGGUUAUUCGUGGGUUCGUGGGUUCGUGUGGUGGGUUGGUGGGGAAGGGAUCUUUCGUUGUGUUGUGUAUGCUUGCAGCUUACUUUCUACUUGGAUGGAUGGUUGGGUGGAUGGAUGGAUGGACUUUUAACUCUUUUGCUUUGCUUUUACUUUACCUUACCUACCCGGCUUUUUCUAUCUUUCUAUCUGUGUAAACGCUGUGGUGUGGCUUUGUUGUUUUUUGUAAUUCGUUACUUUAUGGUGGAAGGGGAUUGCUAUGAUUUUUUGGACAGGAAUGAUGGAUGAGGGGAAGGAAGGGGGGUUUAGAUGUGGUGGAUUGGAUUGAGGACAGACAGCGAGUGCGCGAUGGGAGAGCUGAGAGGAAGAACGGAGGUGGGUUCAUGUGUGUACGUAACGAUAAAAAUAUUAUUAUCCAACGGCUUUGGUUGCAAGUUGCAAUUGCUGUUCAG